AUGCCAGAGUCUUCUAGUCUCGACUUGGUUGUACAAGCGAAACCCUUCACAGAACUAACUCCUGUCAGUUUAAACAUGAUGACCAUCUCCCGGGCUGAUCCGACCGCCCAAUUGAUCCAUGUCCUCACCCUACUCGUUCGGAACCGCACUCGUGCAUCAAGCAUCGCCCUUGCCCCCGACGAUUCAACGAACCCACGCGUCCAGCUUGUGGUUUCUCUUCCACCGCUCGAUAUAUCCACGAUGAGGCUUCUCGCUUUGAUAGUUCCAGCAACUGCGUUGCUGCCGUACGUCCUGGCCCAAGUUCAGGUGUGGGGUGGCUCAAGCUCAAGUGUGGGGUCAAUGUGGUGGAAUGACCUGGACUGGGCCCACUACAUGCGUGGCAGGAAGCAGCUGCACCUUGAUCAACCCAUAUUACAGCCAGUGCCUGCCCGGAUCUCAACUACCGACAUCGGGGCUGCCUCCUACCCAACCACUUCAACCAUAACCACAACCACAACCAAUUCGCCGAGUUGCACACCCAGCCCACGCGGUGCGCUACAGCCACGUGCCACGGGUCCUCCAUUGUUGCUCUCGAUGGAUGGGCAGCAGGGUCAUAUCUCCAAAAAGACCGGAAUAGCGAUGCAGCUAUUCUUGGAUCCUUCUCAACGAGAGGAUGAUGAGGCUUACCACUUGCUGACUCCGGCCUUUGUCUUCCUAUCAUAUGUCGCGGCUCAAACGACCACAGUGGCACCACCAGUAACGACAGGCUGUGCUCCAACUGCUACUGGUGCUCUCAAGCCGAGGUCUACAGGUCCUCCAAUUGUUGCUUUGGAUGGAUGGGCCAAAGGAUCUUACCUCCAGAAGGCCCAGGGCAGUGAUGCUGCAAUCCUUGGGUCUGCCUCGACGAGAGGGUGGUAUCUCACUAGUGGAGCUAUUCGUUUGAUUUAUUGGGCUGUUCCCUGGGGGUGUGAUCCUUAUUUGAUUUUGAACAUCAAACCGGCCACAACCUCUUACAAACCCCUUGCGUUCGAAGUAGUCGGUACCAAGUUUGACUGGGGUUUCAAUGGCUCAAACAAUACAAUCACCUCCAACGGAUCCAACAUCUUCAUAACAUGCUCAGACGGUGCCCUUUAUUUCCAGACGGGAUCCGAUUUUCCCAGCGGGAACUGCACGACGACCCGCCUGAAAAUCGAUCAAUAA